GCUACCUGACCGGUGAGCCUGACUAGAGAGAGCUGGGAGCUCGUGGGAGACGUUGCUGCCUUCGCGCUUUAGGGUUUUUUGUUCCUUUUUUUUCCUCCCUGUCUGUAUACAGGCAGCCAACAAUCAGCCUGAGAAGACAUGACCACCAAUGCUGGCCCCUUGCACCCAUACUGGCCUCAGAACCUAAAGCUGGAUAACUUUGUACCUAAUGAAUACUCCACCUGGCAUCUCCUGGCUGGCCUCUUCUCUGUCUGUGGAGUCUUAGUCAUGACCACCUGGCAUUUGUCCAGUCAUGCUGCUGUUGUCCCACUGGGGACUUGGCGGCGACUGUCCCUGUGCUGGUUUGCAGUGUGUGGAUUUAUUCACCUGGCUAUUGAGGGCUGGUUCAUUCUCUACCAUGAGGACCUUCUUGGAGAUCAAGCCUUCUUAUCCCAACUCUGGAAAGAAUAUGCCAAGGGAGAUAGCCGAUACAUCCUGGGUGACAACUUCACGGUAUGCAUGGAAACCAUCACAGUUUUACUGUGGGGACCACUCAGCCUGUGGGUGGUGAUCGCCUUUCUCCACCAGCAACCCUUCCGCUUUGUCCUACAGCUUGUGGUCUCUGUGGGCCAGAUCUAUGGGGACAUAAUGUACUUCCUGACAGAGUACAAGGACGGAUUCCAGCAUGGGGAGCUGGGCCAUCCCCUCUACUUCUGGUUUUACUUUGUCUUCAUGAACUCCCUGUGGAUCGUGCUGCCUGGAAUCCUUGUGUUUGAUUCUGUGAAGCAGCUAACACAUGCCCAGAGUAUGCUGGAUAUGAAGGUCACAAAAGCCAAGAGUAAGAAGAAUUAAGAAGAGGUGGACUAGACUCUAACACUAGCUAAUCAGGAGCUCUCCAGCUGCAAGAAGAGUCCAGUCCUGCUCCCAUAGGUUCCAGGGACAAAGCUAAUUGAUAUGUCAAAUUCAGGCUAAUGGGUCAGAGCUGGGAAAGAAAGGAGCCAUGUAAAGGUAUAAGAGAAGCCAGGGGGUCUAGGAUAGUGGCAGUUUUUAAAAUCGGGAUAUUGCAAAAAAGAAAAAAAUAGUGUUCAGAAAAUAAAAUAAAAUUUGGAAAUAAAAGAUUUUGAUUGUAA